AUGGCAGUUUUCAACCUCACCUCUUCUGAGACUUCAACAUUCAUCCUAACAGGUAUCCCUGGCCUGGAAGCUUCCCAUGUCUGGAUUGCCAUCCCUUUCUCCAUGUUCUACAUUAUCGGCCUGUUGGGAAAUUUCACUAUUCUGUUUGUUGUAGGCAGAGAGCAGACCCUGCAUAAGCCAAUGUACCUGCUGCUUUGCAUUCUGGCAUUCAUAGAAAUCAGCACAACUACCUCCAUCAUGCCAAAGGCACUGUGUAUUUUUUGGUUUAAUUUGAAAGGCAUUACUGUGGGUGGCUGCCUCACCCAGAUGUUCUUCCUUUAUGCUGGUACUAUGAUGCACUCAGCCGUCCUUGUGACAAUGGCCUUCGAUCGCUACAUUGCCAUAUGUAACCCUCUGAGAUACACCACCAUCCUCACCAACGCACGAAUAGCUAAGCUAGGGCUAGUGGGUUUGAUAAGACCUGUUCUCUUUGUUCUCCCCAUGCCCCUGCUCCUGAGCAGGCAGCCGUUCUGUGCCAACAACGUUAUCCCCCAUAUGUACUGUGACCACAUGGCUGUGGCAAAGAUGUCGUGUGGGGACAUCACAGUCAGCAGAACAUAUGGCUUGGUGGCAGCAUUUGUAGUCAUCGGGUUAGACCUGAUUCUCAUUGCCCUGUCCUACGCUCUGAUCAUCAGGGCUGUCCUCAGAAUCUCCUCCAAGACAGCCCACCAGAAAGCCCUCAACACCUGCACAGCCCACCUCAUUGUGAUGCUGAUUUCUUAUCCUCCCUUCUUCUUUUCCACUCUGACAUAUCGGUUCGGUCAGAACAUCGCUCCACACAUUCACAUAAUCUUGGCCAACAUCUAUCUCACUGUUCCCCCCAUGGUCAACCCUAUCAUUUAUGGGGUAAAAACCAAAGACCUUCGUGAGAAAGUGGGCAAAUACACCUGCAGAAGGUAA